AUGGGGUUAAGGAAGCAUAAGAAAGAAAGGGAGAAGAGUGUCGAGAGAAAGGAAAGGAAGAAAGGGAGUCCGGCAAGCAAACAUCGAGGGAGUGACUUCGUUGUAAUCAAGGGAUUGGCUGAGCAUAAAGAUUCAUUGGGUGCGCCACUUUGCCCUUGUAGGCAUUAUGAUGACAAAGCUGCCGAGGUCAGUCAGGGCUUUUGGAACUGUCCAUGCGUUCCGAUGAGGGAGAGGAAAGAAUGUCAUUGCAUGCUCUUUCUCACUCGAGAUAACGACUUUGCUGGUCAGGAUCAGACCAGCACAUCGGAAGAAAUCAAGGAAACAACGGCCAACAUGUAACGCUUGACACUUCAAAAUUUACUUCUUAAACAGUCAUAACUUGUUUUUGGCCCCCCUAAAGAGAAGAAAAAUGAAACCGAGGUCAAAUCUAUAUGUAUACUUGUU